AGAGCGCGCGGUGUGGGCCAGAAGCACGGGACCGGAACCGAGCCGGAUUACAUGAACUGUGCACGGACAGGUGGACUGAGGGGGCAGGACCCGGAUCACACCUCCACGAUCCGGAUCAGACCCGCGGGACCGGUCCAGACCCGUGAGCAGACCCGGGCCGGUGUGUGAAGGAGCCCCGGGGCGCACGCGCACCAGCGGAUGAACUGUGGCAACUUUUUGGACUGUGGGACCCAAAGUCUGAGAUCCGGGUCCGACCGGGGCCACGGUACCGGAGCGGGUCUGACUUCACGAUCCGGUGGACCUGCACGGCGGGGGCCGCACGGCAAAGGAUGCCGGGAAAGUACUUGUGAGGCGGUCCCGGUACCGGAGCGGAGGGUCCGUCCGCGGCUGCAGAGGUGAACUCAGGACACGCGCACGCCGCCGCGGCCCGGUCCACGUCCACGGCUCGGGUUUCAUCCGCACCCGGGGCCGCGGGUCUCAAAGCUGAUCUGACCCGGGACGGCACGGCACGGCACGGGCCGUCGACAGGAACGGAGGGAGGCGCGCGGGCAGCCGGACAAGUUCACCCCCCCCCGCGCGCAGCUCCGUUCACUAUAAAUAGAAGAAGCAGAAGCGGAGACCGGGCCAGGCGGCCUUAAGAAGACCCCCACCCCACCCACCCCACCUCACCCGCACCCCCACCCGCACCAGGCGCGUGCGUCCCUCUCUAUAUAUACGUCCACCGCGCGGGCUGUGGUUCCGCGCCGCAACCUGUUCCCGCGGGCGCCGGCCGUCGGUUUGGCAGUUCUACCGGGACCCCCCGCAUGGACUGACAUGGCCUCGGACCUCGGCAUGAGCGCAGAGCUGCCCAACAGCCCCCUGGCCAUCGAGUACGUCAACGACUUCGACCUGAUGAAGUUCGAGGUGAAGAAGGAGCCCCCGGAGGCGGACCGGUACUGCCACCGCCUCCCGUCCGGGUCCCUGUCCUCCACCCCCAUCAGCACCCCCUGCUCCUCCGUGCCUUCGUCGCCCAGCUUCUGCGCCCCGAGCCCGGGCGCGCAGCCGAACCAGAGCCUGGGCGGCGGCGGCGGCGGCGGCGGCGGCGGGGUGAGCGGCGGAGGGGGCGGCGGGAGCGGCAGCGGAGGCAACGGUCACGGCGGCGGGGGCGGCGCGGGCAAACCGCAGCUGGAGGACCUGUACUGGAUCCCCAGUUACCAGCACCACAUCAACCCCGAGGCGCUGAACCUGACCCCCGAGGACGCCGUGGAGGCCCUGAUCGGGAACGCGCACCACCACCACCACCACCACCAGGCCUACGAGGGCUUCCGCGGGCAGCAGUACGUGGGCGAGGACCUGAGCGCGGCCUCGGCGGCGGCGCACCACCACCCGGCGCACCACCACCACCACCACCACCACCACCACGGGCACCACGGCCGCCUGGAGGACCGCUUCUCCGACGAGCAGCUGGUGAGCAUGACGGUGCGCGAGCUGAACCGGCAGCUGCGGGGCUUCAGCAAAGAGGAGGUGAUCCGCCUGAAGCAGAAGAGGCGCACCCUGAAGAACCGCGGGUACGCGCAGUCCUGCCGCUUCAAGCGCGUGCAGCAGCGGCACAUGUUGGAGACGGAGAAGUGCACCCUGCAGAACCAGGUGGAGCAGCUGAAGCAGGACGUGGCCCGGCUGGCCAAGGAGCGGGACCUGUACAAGGAGAAGUACGAGAAGCUGGCCAGCCGAACCUUCAGCGGACCCGGGUCCGCCAGAGACCCGAACGGGAAACAGGCCAACCCCGAGUUCUUCAUGUGAGCCGGACUGUCGGUUUAGAGACUGGAGACAAGUCCACCUGAGCCGGGCCCGGGACCCUGGGCCUGAGCCUGAGCCUGGACCUGGACCUGAACCCGAACCUAAACCCGAACCCUACCCCGGACCCUGAACCCGGUCCCGGACCCUGUCUGUCUGCCUCUGUGUUCUGUUUACAGUUCUUGGUCUUCUCUCUGAGUCUUAACCUUUGGGAUCACUAGGCGGUUCUGUUCCGGUCUUACUGAACUGGACUCGUGUCUUAAUUUCAUUCACAGCUGGUUUUUGUCUUAAAUCGGAAAAAGACUGAUUUUAUAAAAUGAAGUCGGACUGAAACUGAAGCUCAAAGCAAUACUUAGUCUGUUGAACCACAGUUUGUUUGAAACAGACCUUUAUUAAAACCGAUGCAAGUUCCCCGUAGACCCCCAACCCCCCCCCCCCCCCCCCCGGUCCCGGAUCCGCACCCUGCAUGCAGGACAUGUAUGGUACCCAUGAACCCGAACCCGAACCGAACCCUCCACAUGUAUGAGCGCAUGGUCCUCAUCAGGCCUGGGUAUAUGCACAACCCCCCAGAAAGAACGAACGGAACAUGUACCCCCCCCCCCCACAGACACACACACACACACACACACACACACACACACACACACACACACACACACCCCCCCCAACCCCGUGAGGUGCAAAAAGACUGCGCACAAACAUGCAAAACAAUCUGCGACUGCGCUAAAUGGAUGCGUCUUUAUCUGCUAUUUUCAAUCAAGUUUUCUAUUGAGUUUUAAAGUAAAAUGAAAACGAAACAAAAAAGCCGAACUGAGCCGAUCCGGACCGGGUUGUGUUUCUGACCUUGUACAUAUGAGCCGAUCCGUGUUUCUCCUUUUUCAACUCCUGCUUUUGUUGCUUGGAUUCUUGGAAAAAUGUCUUAAUCCAAAUGUUUGUAUGUUACAGCAUGCAAAUAGUCUAUGGUAUCUGCUCCGAACCGGACUGAACCAGACCCGAACCGGACUGAACCAGACCCGUCCUGCACUAGAACCCCCAUCUGUCCCGUCCAGAACCGAGCCGGUUCUCCGGACUGUUACCUCUCUAUGCACCGACCCGGACUCAGACGGACUCACCGCGGUUCCGUCGGGGGGUGGGGGUGGGGUGGGGGGGUUAUUUUGCGUCAGAUUGUGCGGACAGCGCGUGCCGGUUCCGCCUGUGUGCGGGUUUUCCUUCCCUGUGCGGUGUCUUAAAGGUGUGACGGAGGCAGGAGGAAGAAGCUUUAGUGAAGCCGGUUCUGUUCUGACAUGCAUACUCUGUCUGUUUUCUGCUGCCUCUACAUAUAUAUAUGUGCAAUAUUGUGCAGAAGUGUCUGAAAUGUGCAGCGAGACGAGCCGAAAAAUGUGAAACUCAACCAGAAAAAAACACGAAAAACAACAACAACCCACAAAAACUUAUUUAUCCCAGAUCUGUGUUUGAGC